CUCAAGACGUUUCUGAAUCCGGAUCAGCGCUUCGAUCAUGUCCAUAUAAAUUUGGUGGGUCCGCUGCCACCUUGCCAGGGCUACACCUACCUACUGACAUUGGUGGAUCGCUUCACUCGCUGGCCGAAGGCCAUUCCUCUCAAAAACAUCACGGCCGCGAACGUGGCCACGUACUUCUACAGCAGCUGGAUCGCACGCUUUGGCUGUCCAAAGUUCAUCACUACAGACAGAGGCUCGCAAUUUGAAUCUGCUCUCUUCAACGCUCUCGCUCAACUGCUGGGAGCUCUGCGCUGUCACGACUCUCAGGACUGGCUAGAGAAGCUUCCGACGGUACUUUUGGGUCUGCGAUCUGUUUACAAAGAAGAUCUCAAGGCUUCCCCUGCGGAAUACCUCUACGGCUCCACUCUUCGUUUACCAGGAGAGUUCUUCAUAGAUGAGCAACAUCCGGAGGACCACACCUUCUUCUUAGCUCCUUUCAAAACUCACAUGCAGUGCGACCGUUAUUCGCGACUUGGCUGCUCCGAGUCGCCGGUGCAACACCGACGGGCGAACCUCGGGCCGCUAAUUAACUUCGGACCUCCACGAGUCCGUGUGGGCGCCAG